GAGUGCCGUACUUGUAUUGAUAAUUUUUACACUGAUAACAAAUUCGACAGUGAUACACCAGCCACCAUAAUGUGCGCGUGUAGGCAAAGAAAAUCCUUCCUGAUCGAGGAUAUCCUGCAGGAUGUUAAGAAGAAACCGUACAAGAACUUAAGCCAGGAGCCGACGAAACCACUGACGUGUACUACUGAGGUCAAAGAGCAUAGAGACGAUGAUAAAGAUAACACGACAAAGUUUAAUGUAAUAUGCGAAGUACAAAAUGAAAUGGAUUUCACGAAAAUCAAUCUGGAACAGAGAAGGAACACGUACCCGCUGCAACCCACACCGAUCAAGGCCAACCUACCAUGGACGUACAGAGGGAAAGAUCCAGUGUACCAGAUCAGUUAUUACAGCGAGCCGAUGCUAAACAGUAAUCAGAUACUAAGAAACCAGUUGAUAGCGAAUAGAUACGUAACGCAUCCGUACACGCUGCGGCAGACGUUCGGAUUUGAUAGAGUACCUCCAAACUGCUGCAAUCCGUGGUGGGGCUUGGGAGGCAGACGGAAGGGAGGGCAGGUGCGGUUUACUGCUACGCAGACCGGCGCGCUGGAGCGUCGUUUCAACGCCAGCAAGUAUCUCAGCCCUGAUGAGAGGAGGACCCUCGCUUCCACGCUUAGACUUAGUGAUCGGCAGGUAAAAACGUGGUUCCAAAACCGUCGUGCCAAGUGGCGCAGGACGACUCCUGACUCCGCUGAUGCAGGGAGCCCGCCCACCGCUGACGAAGGCUCCGACGACGACGUGCACAUAGCUGACGAAGACUGAACGGAACUGACCGAAUGAAUGAACGAUGAAAAUGGAAUAAACUUUAUUGCACGGC